UCAAGUUAUACUGAUUGUUUUAAACUAUAGGCGUCGACUGCUGUGGUUAUUAGCCCACAUACAUACUAUUGGCAUAUGCACGUUUAAUUUGUUGCUUUACAUGUACUGUGAUGAAUAUUAGAACUUGACGUGUAAAUAAUUAAUGACAUUCUUUAUUCUUUUGUUUUUCAUUUAAAACAUUUUAACUUGUUCAUCAUGACGUUAGAUAGAAAUUUUUUAAACGUAAUAACAUUGAGUUGGGGUUUCAUGCUGGUGUUUACAGCAUUUCAAACAAUGGGCAAUAUUGAGAAAACCGUGCUGGACAGUAUUAAGAAGGAAACUCCAAAUUUCACUGGUGAAGGCUAUACUAGCUUAUCAAUAAUCUAUGCAGUCUUAGCCAUUUGCAACUGGUUAGCGCCGUCGUACAUCUCCAUGACAGGGCCAAGAGCUGCUAUAGUUACCGGUGCUUUCAGCUAUGUCUUUUUCAUAGCAAUUUUCUUCUGGCCACAAUAUAUUCUACUUUAUUGCGCGUCAGCAGUCCUAGGUCUUGGAGCUGCUUUGAUAUGGACAGGACAUGGGCAGUAUUUAACAGAGAACAGUGACUCUGAAACAAUGUCCAGAAAUGCAGGAAUAUUUUGGGCCAUAUUUCAAACUUCAAUGUUUACCGGCAAUCUCUUAGUUUAUUUUCUAUUUAUUGGAUCUGAAAUUAACGCUUCAACGAGAAAAAUUGUAUUUAGUGUUCUUACUGCGUUAGCAAUUGUUGGUACAUGCUUACUUGCCACCUUAAGAAAGUCAUCGCGAGGACUUAUUUUGGGUGAAAUUGAGGGUGCAAAUAGAGAACUUCAAAUACCAGAACCGAGACGAGAGGAACCAUUGUUAGCCGCUUGGAAUGCAUUGGCAGACGCAUUUAAACUUUUCAUUACUCCUAAAAUGCUUUUAUUAUCUUUUACAUUUGUGUAUACUGGAAUCGUGUUAACGUUUUAUUCUGGGGUUUACUCACCGAGCAUUGGAUUUACUGAAGCAAUUGGUGAUUUGCGUGUCAGCUUAGUUGGUCUAUCUGGUAUUUUCGUCGGAAUUGGCGAAGUGAUCGGCGGAGCUCUGUUUGGUAUCUUUGCAUCUAAGGUAUCUCGUGUUUGCGGCGUAUGGACAGUCGUGCUUACGGGAUUUUGUGUACAUUUGUUUGCCUUCCUUACCAUUUUUCUGAAUCUGCCAAAUGACUGCCCCUUCGGUGAUACUACUGACGUAGGGUUUAUUAAUCCUUCACCGAUUUUAGCCAUGGCCGGAAGUCUUGCUUUAGGCUUUGGAGAUGCUUGUUAUAAUACGCAAGUGUACUCGUUAUUAGGAACACUUUAUGCACAAAACAAUGCAUCAGCAUUUGCAUUAUUUAAAUUUUGCCAAUCACUUGCAGCUGCAGUGAGCUUUGCUUACAGUAAUGUCAUCGGUCUUUAUAUACAACUUCUUAUAUUAGUGAUAAGUAUCAUUGUUGGUACUAUUACAUUUUGUUUUGUUGAACGUAUUGCGAGAAUAGAAAAUGAUAAUACACCGUCCGAAGCUAAUUCAACAUUUGUUACACAAUAAGUAACAGAUUCGUAUAUUUAGAAAACAAUGAUGGAAAUAUAAAUAAUGCUCAAGAAACUAUUGUAUUCCUUAUUGAAAAGGAUUAUUACUUUUAGUUAAUAAGCGAAUAAUUAAUUUUAUACUGAAUCUGUAUAUUUUAUACUGUAUAUAUAUAUCGACAUAAUUGGAUAAUUCCAUUGUUAUAGUAUUAUUAAGAAGAAAAUAGCAUGUUUGCCAAAUUACUUGGAUAAUUUUUAAAUGAAGACUUUUAAAAUAAUUUUUACUGAAAAA